GCAGUUGGUGGUGUAUCUCCAAGGAGUUGUCUUAAGACACUGAUACUACUCAAUCUGAUUAAUCUUCAGCAUCUUCAAGACUUUUGUCUUCAUCAACUGGUUUGACACCAAUGCGUUCCAACAUGGGCUGGACAUCAGUGAUCAUUCUGCUACUUUUACCAUCUAUUUUGAUAGCCAUGCCCACUGGUCCCGUCCCCCAGGAAGCCAACUCAACUGUUGCGACAGAUGCGGUAACUGACGUGGUUUCUGUAGACUCGUCAUCAGAGCAAAUGACUCCAUCAACUACAGGAUCCAGUACAUCAGAAAACAAUGCCACCCUGAUGACCCAGAGCGACACACCAGAUACCACACAAGCAGCCGUCCAUGGCAAUCUCACAAAAGAACCACCAAACUCUCAUCUAGCCGGAACAACGCAAGUGAUGACACCAUCAAUCUCAACCAGUCCUCUUGGCGACAGUGAUGACACAGUAACACAAGACGCAAUGGAGAUCAACAUAGAGGGCGACAUCACCACUGAUUCCUCAACGACUAUGCAACGCCAACAGGAAGUAAACGAUUCAACAGCAGCUCCUCCGUUGACAAUAAGAAGCCAGAAUGUGUCUCGCACAUCUUCCGAUGGACGGACUGAGAGUGAAACUACAACCCAAGAACCCAGCACAACCGCCAAUACCCACCGACUAACCACUCCAUCUGUGACUCAAACUAAUACGCCAGACCGAACGUACAUCCAAGUGACUUCAAACAACACCAAUAAUGUCGACCAAACUCUGAGCCCAUCCACACAGAUUCCAAACUUAGAUAACACCCCAACUACACCGCAAACCAACACUGAGAUAGAGGAUGUUAUCUUAAGAAACUGUCGCGCCCUUCUGCAGUCAACUAUACAACACCCCCCAACCCAACGACCCACCCCCGAGGAACUAUCUCAAAAAACAACCCAACAGAUGCCCUCCGAACCGUCCCACCAAGGUACCUCACAGCCUCAAUCAGAAAUAGCCUCACAGACACAAUUUCCAGUCAUUCAAUCGAGUGUUUCCUCACGAACACCCAGCCCAACCGACACCCACAUUAGUGUUCAGACAGUCUCACAGUCACCCAGAGAGGCAGCUUCCAUUGUAACACAGACACCUACUUCAGUAUCAGUUACCCAGACUCUCUCCUCAAUAACGGCAACAAGCCCAACUCAAAUGAGUGCCAAUAGUACACAGAAUCAUGAGGGUACUGAAACCAUGAGCGAGACAGAUGUGCUGGGGCAAUGUAUGUUGUAUUUUCUCAAUAAUCCAUCACAAUUAUCUCAUCACACUAACGCUCCACAACCUUCAGAGUCAUCCCAUGAAACUAACCCUCAGCCACAAGCACGAUCGUCCCUACAAACACACUCUCCGCAACCCUCACAAUCAUCCCAUCAAACUAACCCUACACCAACCUCACAACCGCAGCCAACCUCACAACCAUCCCCUCACACUACCCCUCCGCAACCCUCACAAUCAUCCCAUCAAACUAACCCUACACCAACCUCACAACCGCAGCCAAUCUCACAACAACCAUCUGACCAAACUAACCAUCAACAACCACCCCCUCACACUACCCAUCCGCAACCCUCACAACCAUCCGACCAAACUCACCCUCAGCCAACCUCAAAACCAUCUGAUCAAACUAACCCUCAGCCAACCUCACAACCUCAGCCAACCUCACAACAAACAUCUGACCAAACUAACCCUCCACAACCACCCCCUCACACUACCCAUCCGCAACCCUCACAACCAUCUGACCAAACUAACCCUCCACAACACUCACAACCACCCCCUCACACUACCCAUCCGCAACCCUCACAACCAUCCGACCAAACUCACCCUCAGCCAACCUCAAAACCAUCCGAUCAGACCCAUUUACCUCAAUCUACAGUAACCUUCAACACAGUGCAUUCACCCACUCAACAAACCACAGAAAUGGUUACUCGAACAACUCAGCAGCCGCUAACUGAAAAUCAAUCACUCCUGGAGACUUCACACGUGACCAUUACACAUGCACCCACUCAACAAAACCCAGAAAUGGUUACUCAAACUACUCAGCAACUAUUAACUGAAACUCAAUCCCUCAUGGAGACUUCACAGGUAACCAUUACACAGGCACCCACUCAACAAAACCCAGAAAUGGUUACUCAAACUACUCAGCAACUAUUAACUGAAACUCAAUCCCUCAUGGAGACUUCACAGGUAACCAUUACACAGGCACCCACUCAACAAAACCCAGAAAUGGUUACUCAAACUACUCAGCAACUAUUAACUGAAACUCAAUCCCUCAUGGAGACUUCACAGGUGACCAUUACACAGGCACCCACUCAACAAAACCCAGAAAUCGUAACUUCAAAUACUCAGCAGCCAUUAUUUGAUACUCCACCGUCCAAUUCAACUAUGACCUUUGACCGAACAACUCCUCCUCACACAACCAACCACACCACAUUCUCAACAGAUGCCCUCCCAACCAUCCCAGCAAACAACCCCACAGAUACCCUCCAAACCAUCCCAGCAAACAACACCACUCCAAACCCAACAACAAAUGCAAACACUACACAGGCAUCAGCUAAACUGAGGUCAGGGAGUAACAUAGUGGUCUGAAGGUAACAUGGAAGUAAAAUGUUGUGUUGUUGUCAAUGGACAGGAAUACGGGCCAGGGGUAUACUCAAGAUAAUGUACCAGCUGAUGGGAAAAACUAAAGGCACUCGGGACACAUUUGGUACUAAAAAUGUAUACUAGCAUAGCAAACUUUGGUAAUGAGCAACGGAGAGCUGUUGAUGGUAUAAACACUGUGAAAAUCAAAUCUCUCUCUGAAGUAAUGUAGUU